CAGAAGAAAAACUCCAACGGUCUAAAAAUAUCCGCAAAUUAGAGACCUCUUUCUUUUUCCGCGGCGCCUUCCAUCCGUUUUCUUUUCAAACUGCGGAAGAGAGACUCUUUCUCUCUAAUAAUCUCUAAUCCUUUCCUAUUUCUACUCUUAAACAAAUCUCUAAUUCUUCCUCUUCUCUUUUGCAUAACAAACUUCCAACUCCUCUCUUUGGAGAUUGCCAACACACAGGAAACCCAGGAAACAUAAGCAGAGUUUCUCAAGAAUCCCAUCAUUUUGUCUCCUGGGUUUUGGAUUUUCAACCUCAUUUAUACACCUUUGAUGUGUACAAUCUUUCCUUAAAGACAAAAUGUUUGGAUUUAUGAAAGCACCUGCAAAUAAAGCAACUAAGGCAGAUCAGACUGACCCUUUCGAUUCAGAUGAUGAAUCCAAUGGCAAACGUCAGCCUGCAGAUGAUGACAGAUACAAGAAUGGCUUCCGGGACUCAGGAGGACUAGAGAACCAAAGUGUUCAAGAGCUGGAGAAUUAUGCUAUGUACAAGGCUGAGGAGACAACAAGUGGUGUUAAUAAUUGCCUAAGGAUUGCAGAGGACAUCAAACAAGAUGCUACGAAAACUCUUGAUAUGUUGCAUGCUCAGGGUGACCAAAUCAACAGGACCCACCAGAUGGCUGUGGAUAUGGACAAGGAUCUGAGUAAGGGUGAAAAGCUGUUAAAUAAUCUUGGGGGCAUCUUCUCCAAGCCUUGGAAACCUAAGAAGACCAAGAAAAUAACAGGGCCUGUGACCACAGCAGAUAAGCCAUCCAAAAAAAGUGCAAAAAACAAAGAAGAAAGAGAAAAGCUGGGUGUAGGAGGUAAAGCUAGAGGACAUUCAGCUCCUGCAUCACCUCCUUCUGAACCAUUAACUGCCAUGCAGAAAGUGGAGCUAGAGAAGGCAAAACAAGAUGAUGGGCUUUCAGAUUUGAGUAAUAUCCUUGGUGAUUUGAAGGGCAUGGCUUGUGAGAUGGGAAAUGAAAUUGACAGGCAAAAUAAAGCCCUUGAUAAUCUAGGUGGGGAUAUUGAUGAGCUGAACUCUCGAGUAAAAGGAGCCAAUCAGCGUGCACGCCAUUUACUUGCGAAGUGACACUCAGCAGCCACCAGAUUACCAAUACCUGAUUUCUUCACAUUGCUCACUGCUAGUAAUAUCCUUUUUACUGGAAAAUACAUUUUUUGUAACAAAGAAAGUUAUAGA